AUGUUUCCUGCCAUUAGAUUGAACGGACAUAUCAUCUCAAUCCUCGACAAAUGCAACAACCUUAAUCACCUCAAACAACUUCAAUCCCAUGUCAUCACUCUUGGCCAUGGCCAAAACCAUUUCUACACAUUCAAAUUGCUCCGUUUAGGUAUAGAAAAGCUCUCAAUUACUGCCUACGCCAGGUUACACGAGGGAAUUACUGUUCUUCUUUCUGAAGAAAUGCCCGAGGGUAUUAGAGACAAGCCGUUUUGGAAUUCUAUUGUUGCCGAAUGUAUGCAGAAUGAGUUGUUUUCGAAGGUUAUUGAGUUCUUUAGGAGAAUGAUUUUGAGAUGGGGAUUGAGGAAAGGAAUAGGUCUAAUCAGGUGGCGGUGGUUUAUACGCUUUUUGCUUGUGGGCAUUGUUGGAUGA